CGGCACCGCGUUGGGACCCGCAGGUGUUCCGACGAUCCCAGGAGGCCAGGUGCUCACGCGGCGCUGUCGUGCAUCUUGGCGCGGACUCGGUCCAGAUUCGGCUCCGGGUCCGUGCCGUCCUCGGCCCUGAUCCGGCGCACACGUUCUGGUCCAGUCCAGCAAGAGUAUGUCCACGAUCUGCCGUGCAAUUUUGGCGGCCCGAGGAUGGACGCGUCUGCAUACGCGAUCUCGGAGCGGCGGGCCUGUCUGUAGCCCGUGUCAUGCGGGCGUCCGUGGCCGAAUCUCAGCCGUCGCGUGGCCCGAUGGGGCUGCUUCAGGCUCAAAGUUUGCAUCCUGUCUUACUCUUCUGCGCAUCGCAUCCAUCACACGCACACUCGGCCAAGCUUACAGCUUAUACGUUAUACCUCAAUGUUUGGAUUUGCGUCAGAUGCCUGCCAUCAGGCACCCUGGAUCGCGUGGUUGGUGGGCAUCGCCUUCCACAUUGUGCCUCUCGCAGAUUCGCUCAAGACGGUCUCCACGGUCAACGCAACGGGACAUUUGCAGUCGUCGCUUGAUGUCGAUGGCAUGGUUCUCAAGACGGACCGCUCGUGGGCCUGCACUUCGAUCAGUGCGAGUAGUUUCACGUACCAGUACAAUUCUUACCGGUCCGGCGACACGAUCGUGGUGACAAACAAUGCAUUGAGCCAGAUCGGGCGGGCAUACUACAAGUGGACAAAUUCGGGGGGAUUCAAGAUCAACUUCGAUAUGUGGAUGGGCGGUGGUACAGGCGCCGAUGGCAUGUGCAUGAAGUACGGAGGUUAUGAUUAUGGCGAAUAUGGCGAAAAUAUUGCUUCCAAUGGCUUAUCUGUAUGCUUCGACUCCUAUUCAAACGAAAACGAUCAUGGCGUGGUGAUGGGCUGGAACGGUGGGAACAUCUUUUCACAGAUAGGCUCGGGCCACUGGGGAAACCAAGUUCCUCUAUUCGAGGAUUCCACCUGGCAUGACGUCAUUGUGGAGGUUACCCCCAGCGGCAAUGGUGCGAAUGUGAUAUUGAAUUUUGACAACGGCUACUACUACAAAACUGCUUGGAUUGGUAGUUACUCGUCAAUCGUUGGCAGCCAGCAGUUGGCCUUCACUGCAAGAACUGGUGGCUCCACCAACUGGCACUACGUCAAGAACAUCCAGGCGUGCACCGCCGCGACGCCUAGCCCAACGCCGUAUCCGACGCCGUACCCGUCGCCGUACCCGACGCCGUAUCCAACGCCUUACCCGACGCCGUAUCCGACGCCGCACCCGACGCCGUACCCGACGCCCUAUCCGACGGCAUUCCCGACGCCCUAUCCGACCGCGUUUCCGACGCCAUUCCCGACGCCGUAUCCGACGCCGUACCCGACGCCGUACCCGACGGCGUUUCCGACGCCCUACCCGACGGCGUUCCCGACGCCCUACCCGACGCCCUACCCGACGGCGUUCCCGACGCCCUACCCGACGGCGUUCCCGACGCCCUUCCCGACGGCAUUCCCGACGCCGUUCCCGACGCCUGGCCCGACGCCCAGCCCGACGUAUCCUGCAGGUUGGCCGACGCCACAUCCGACAUUUCCUCCCAUGGCUCCCAUGGCCGGCGGAGCUGGGGCUGGGGGCGUGGCUGCAACUGGCGACCCACACUUGCAGAACAUCCACGGUGAGCGGUUCGACGUGAUGAGGCCUGGCAGGUACGUCUUGCUACACAUCCCACGGGGCGAGCGGGCCGAGAGCGCGUUGCUCCGCGUGGAAGCCGAGGCGCGUCGGCUGGGCGGGCAGUGCGCAGACAUGUACUUCCAGGAGCUGAACAUCACGGGGGCGUGGGCGGAGGCGAAACAGACGGGCGGCCUCGUCUUCCAGGCCCGCAGCGACGACGGCGACCUCUCGGACUGGGAGAAGUUUGGCAGGAUCGAGCUGAAGGUUGCCCACGGGCGUACGAAGCAAGGCGUGCGCUACCUGAACUUCUACGUCAGGCACCUGGGGCGCGCCGGCUUCGACGUCGGAGGGCUGCUGGGAGGGGACGACCACUCCGCGGCCGCGGAGCCUCCCGAGGCGUGCGCUCGGCGCGUCUCCCUCGCGAGGGAGCACCACGCCUCGGAUGCAGAGGCGAGCCUUGCGUGACAGCGUGGGCGCGGGAGGGGCGAUGGCUCCGACGGCAGGCUCGUGCCGCGUCGACGCGGCGGCGGCCCCAGCCGCGGGCGCUCGGGGUCGAGUGCCGUCGGUGGCCUGCCGCCGGCCGACGUCAGGCUAUCCGCGGUGUCCGGGGAUCCGCGAUCGCGCAAGGUCGAGCGAUCCAUGCGGCGUCAGAAGUCCACGCCGAGGCCGUCGCGACGCGGACCUGCCGCAGUUUCUGAGCGUUUUAGAGACGGGCGCAGCGGGAUCCCACCAUGGUGCAGCGCAUCCGUUUCUGGCCGACACCCGCGUGGGCCUGCGAGAGCCGCCGCGUUUGCUGGACGCGCCUUCUGAGCAA